GCACAUAAAUUAUCUUUCCAACCAAUUUUGUGCUUGCAAUUUCUCCGUUACCACAUUUCUUAUUCUAUUUAUUCAACUUAUGACAUUAUAACACACGACUGGCUAACUACAUUUUACAUUAUACAUAUUAUUUGUUACGCUGUGCAUUAUAAGAAGGCGCAAUCUUAUACAUCUAUGGCAACAUUAAGUGCAAACAAAUCGUCUGCUGUUCCCAUUAUCAUCGCCACUGUAGUUAAAUAUAGUUAAACGCAAAGCGUAUAUUGUAAUGAUUACUUGACUAGGUUAAGUCACCUUUAAGCUUUAUUAUUUUCCUUUUCGUUAGAUUUAAGGGGAAUGACCAGCCAUAUUUUUGGAGUGGGUUUGGGCCUAUUUGUCAUAAUAACACUCUGGAUAUCCGCUGGCUUGGUUUUCCUCGUGUCGUUGAGAAUUGAAAAGAGAAUCGGUGCUGUUGCACUCGCUGUAGCUGCUAUUGUUACUAUAGUACUAAUUAGUGUCCCUCGUGCAGUACAGCACCCUAUUGCUCAUAACAAUAAGCCUUACGACCAUUUAUUUGUUUGGCGUUUGAUACUUUUAAUUCUAUUAAUAACUUCAACUGUGAUUGGAUUCAUAGGUUACAUAAAAUUUGGACUUAUGGAUAUUGCAAAACCUCAAAGAAUUAGAAAUUGGAUAUUAUAAGUAAUUUCUUCUCUUUCUAUAUGU